AUGGCAAUUUAUUUUAUGACGGAGCCUCUUCCGUUGGCUGUAACUGCUCUUAUUCCAGUGGUUCUCUUUCCUCUUCUGGGAGUGCUUACUACUGCAGAAACGUGCACACCUUACAUGAAAGACACAAUCAUGAUGUAUGUCGGAGGCUUAACUAUAGCAUCAGCAGUAGAGCAUUGCAAUUUGCAUAAAAGAAUUGCUCUAAAAGUUCUUUUAACGAUAGGAACCGGUGUCAGAUGGCUAAUGUUGGGAUUCAUGAUAACGACCAUGUUUCUAUCUAUGUGGAUAUCUAACACCGCAACGACUGCCAUGAUGGUACCCAUUGUCGAAGCAGUUAUGGACGAACUGAGAAAACACGCAGAAAACGAAAAGUGCUUUCGCAGUAAAGACGAGAAUGUCGUGCUCUACAUUCCAACACAGAACAGGAAAGAAUCUGUAAAUACAAUAGAUACCAUUCCUAAUACAUUAGUUCAAAGUUCAGAAGAUUCUCUCACAAACGGAAAAGAAAUUAAUUACAAAACAUUAAACAAGGCAUUGCUCUUGAGCGUAGCUUACGCAGCAAAUUGUGGAGGAACGGGAUCUCUUAUCGGUUCCGGACCAAAUUUAGUUCUCAAAGGAUUCAUGGAAGAUACCUAUCCAAAAUCAAUUGAAUUAACGUUUGCAUCUUGGUUGUUCUACAAUGCACCCGCCAUGAUCGUAUGCGUCAUUUUAUCUUGGAUUAUUCUACAAAUUAUGUUCGUUGGAUGUUGUACCACUACCGAUAAAGAUGCACAGAAUGUAAUUAAAAAUGUUAUUCAAAAAUCAUACGAAGAAUUAGGAAGUAUUAGUUUUCACGAAAUUGCAGUUCUUGGUCUCUUUACAAUAUUAGUAUUUUUGUGGUUCUUGAGAGAACCACAGUUUAUCACGGGAUGGUCUUCUUUAUUUCCUUAUGGAUCAGGAAUAAGAGAUGCUACUCCAGCCAUUGCCGUAUGCCUUUUUCUGUUCGUAAUACCAGCGAAACCGAGUAGUAUGAAGACCAGUCCUUCACUAUUAGACUGGAAAACUGCUCAAAAGAAGAUACCUUGGGGCAUUCUAUUACUGCUAGGAAGUGGAUUUACUGUGGCCGAAGCUUCUAAGAAAUCGGGACUUUCCACUUGGUUAGGAAGUCAGCUUAUUCAUCUUCGUUCUCUGUCUCCUCAAGUUGUGUUACUCAUAUUAGUUUUCGUAACGUCAGCUUUAACAGAGGUAGUAAGCAACAUGUCCAUUACUACAAUAGUUCUUCCUGUUAUUAAUGAAAUGGCAGUGGCCAUCUCUAUUCAUCCUCUGUAUUUUUUAUUACCCGUGACGAUCGUAUGUUCCUUUGCUUUCAUGCUUCCGGUUGGAAAUCCCUCCAAUGCCAUUAUUUUCGACAGCGGUGCCAUGACGUCUUUCGAUAUG